ACCCGCUCCGCCGAAUAGUUUUGUUGUACUGCCGUUCACUACAUUACGGACGUGAUCAUGCAUGUUUUGUCUAACACAAGACACUCUUCCCAGAGCUCUGCUUGCUCUCUCUGGCUCAGAGCAGAGAGUGUGCUGCAGUGUGCGGAGAAUGACUAAUACCAGAGAGUAUUUUGUUACUCCAUACUUAUACUCCAAUUUCACUUUGAUGGUGUAAAAAAGUGGCACUUAAAGAUCAUGAGCUGGACAUCAUAAUCGAAAUCAGGAGCUUCGUUAGAAUUUAAAUUUUUUAUAUUGGAGCUCCCGAUUGGAUGAAAAUGUCCCUUCCUUUUGCCAGCUCAUGACCUUAAAUUGCCACUCUGUUUUAAUUGGAGUACAGAGCCAAGUACGUAUACUUAGUAUACUAUACUACGGUGUACUAUUAGUAGUGUUAAAGUCAAUCUGAUAAUAAGCCGAAGACGAGCAUGAAAGUAAUCAAAAUAUAAGUUAUUUCAAGAAAGCGUUAAUACAUUUUUUAAUUCGUUAUAGACAUGACGCUGUAUCAUUUUGGGAAUUGUUUGGCUCUAGUUUAUGUUCCAUUCUACUUCACAUAUAAAUAUUCCGGCUUGUGAGUAUAACAAAAUUUAAUUCUUCUAACUACUCAGAAUGGGAGUACUCUUAUUUGUUCUUCCUGCAGAUCGGAGUAUGGAGCCUUUUGGAAAUGUUUUCAAGCUGGUGGUAUAUACAUUUUCACACAACUUUGCAAAAUGUUAAUACUGGCUACAUUUUUUCCUGCUGCAGAUGUAAAUAACCAGGAAGGAAUCGAUUUCUUAGGAGUGCAGCAUAUUACUACUGCAACACUAGUAUGGUUAUGGUCUCGCCAUGAUCUAAAUCGUUCAUUACUGCCAGUUGUGACAGCUAUGUUGCUCCUAUGUGCAUAUAAACCAUUGCUCCUCGAUGUUUUGGGCCAUGUAACGCAUACUGGAUCUUGGAUUGCAUUAUUACUCCGGGCUGUUUUUACACUGUGCCUUGGUGUAACCACCUUACAAAUAUAUGCUGGACUUGCUCAGACUAUGGGCAUUUAUUGAUAAAACAAUGUUUAAUCCAAAUUACUUUGUUAUAAUAAAAUGUGUUGUUAUAUCAUU